UGUCCCUCUCGGCUCCCCGUACAGGAAGCCAGGGCUGGAGAGGAGGGAGCCACCCGGUCAUGGCGGCUGCGGGGAUGAAAAAGCUGGCAGCUCUCAGCACUUUUGCAUCUCUGAAUGUGUAUGCCAUAGCCGAGGAGGAAGCCCCCCAAAAGCCACUGAAGCCGACUCAGCUCCCCAUUUAUAAUGUACCAUCUCUCCAUUCUAAGUACAUUGAAGAGCAGCCUGGCCGCUUACAAACGGGCAUUGCUUCCGUCCGAACUACAGCCUGUCAUUAUGUUGGCUGGUGCAAAGGUGUUUAUGUUUGGAUGAAAAAUGGAAUAAUGGAUACAGUACAGUUUGGGAAAGAUGCCUAUGUUUAUCUGAAGAAUCCACCUCAAGAUUUUUUCCCAAAAAUUGGUGUGAUUACAGCUUCAGGAUUGGUUGGCUUGAUUUCAGCAAAAAAAGGCUCUAAAUUUAAGAAAAUUGCUUAUCCAUUGGGACUGACCGCUUUAGGAGCAUCUGUUUGCUACCCAGCUCAGGCAAUAGUAAUUACCAAGGUUACUGGGAAAAAGGCUUAUGCUACAAGCCAGCAGAUUUAUGAAGUCCUUGGGUCGUUGUGGACACAAAACUACACACAACAAGGAACUAAACUCAAAGAAGUGAAGCUUAGAGGAGAUGUCAAACUCGACGCGCCUGCAACUGUGACGGUGACAGAAUCCAGAGUAUCCACGCUCAGUGCCGAAGUGGUAGGCAAGCUAGCACCAUCCUCAGCAGGUGCUGUUACAGCCACACAGUUUAAGGCUGACCCCAAGCUCAUGGACCACGGUCAGUCCAAUCCAGAAGAUGUAGAUAUGUACAGCACUAGAAGUUGAAAUAAACUACAUACAGAUCUUCAAGAAGUAGAAAGCUUGGCAAAUAACCAAAGUAACAAUGGAAACAUAACUGGGCCCCAUAGCCAUAUAACUUAAUCAGGUAUUUUCUUAAAUUUUCAUUCAUCCAUUCGUACGCACAAUUUGCUAACUCAUCACAUAGACAGACUCUGAAAGCAAUUAAAGCAAUAGUUGGUGAUUGACACCAAAGUUGAGUUCGGUGUCAUCAGGAUGCAUUUGAUGCCAUACAAUGGAGCUCACUUAACACAGAAGAUGGAAUAAAGAUACAAGCAUCACAGAGUCUUUGACAUUUUAAAUAUAUCUCUGAUUUGGCUGCCCUCUUAAUAUGUCAGUUAAGCAAGAAUCCUGGGUAAAUGUUUUAUUUCUUUUUUAUACUUUGGAGGUCUGGAGCAAAAUAUUCACAUUAAAGUACCAGGGCUUGAUGUUGGCAUUUUCAAUCCUCUUUAAAUGUCAGAAACCAGCUCUGGCUGCUGCAUUUGUAUAAUAUAUUCUUUAAUAUAUUUCUUUAAUAUAUUUAAGCACCAAGAACAGAUCUUUUCAACAUCCUUUACUCUCAGAAGUAAUUGAAAUAAAAUAAUUUUGAGUAACA